GUCAAGAUCCACGCCAGCAGUCGCGACCAAAUUUUGCCACGCCGUCACACACACUAGCUUUGCGAUUACAUAAUGUAUGCUUUCGGUGCCCUCAGGCAUCCGAGCUUUUGAAAGUUCCACGCUACCCAAACAUCCAGUGCGGCCUGCGGCGACUGCUUGGCCACUGGCAAUAUCUUCAGCAAAAGCUGGACCGAUGGCACCGGCCAGUGACGCAUGCAUCGGCGCUCCCCUCGCGCUGGUUACCUGGGAGCCGGACACGGGUAAAUUUGAAUUCGGCCCUGGUCUUGACGCUCUCAAAGUAGCGACUGGCCAGGACAAUGUGCCGCUGGCGGUGGUGGCGGUGACUGGGCUGCCCCGCACCGGCAAGAGCUCGCUGCUCAACCAGCUAGUGCGAGAGCUCCUUGGGCUGGAGCUGCCACCGGAGCAUGGCUUCAAGACGGGCCACACUACGGAAGCCUGCACCCAGGGACUGGACAUGUGGUGGCCGCCCCUGCCGGUGCGGCUGCCGCAGGCUGGCAUGGACAGUGAUGGCAGCGUUGCCGCUACCGGAGCUGUAAGCCGCGCUGCCGCGGGCCGGCCCACGCACCGGCUGUUGCUACUGGAUGUGGAGGGCACCUCAGCUGCGCGCAUGUGUAAGAGCCGCUCUGUGCGCGUCAUGGCUCUGACAGCGCUGCUGUCCAGCCUGUUUGUGUACAACAGCAUGAACGUGAUCGACGAGGACGCCGUGGAACGACUCGGGCUGGUGGGGGAGGUGGUGCGGCGGGUGCGCGAGCACGCGGGAGCGCACACGGGUGGACUGGGCAAGCACGCGCCCACCUUCGUGUGGGUGCUGCGGGACGCGCACCUGCAGCCCGCCGUCAUCAACGGCCGAGAGGAGACGCCAACGGAAUACAUGGAGCGACAGUUGGCACCGCUGUCGCGCAAAGGCGCUAACGGCACCCAUGGAGCCGACCCAGAUGGCGACGGCGGCGGCAAUGGCGGCGCAGGCGAUGACCCGCGAACGGCGCUGCGCGCUCUGUUCCCCCACGCCAACGAGUGUCGCAUGCUGCCGCAGCCGCUGGCAGACGGCGGGCGACUGCGGGCGGGCGCGGGGCCGGGGUCGCUGGGCGCGACUGACCUGGCGCCGGCUUUUCGGGAGGGUGUGAGGGAGCUUGCAACGCUGAUCGCGGCGCGCGCGCGCCCCAAAUCCUGGGGUGGCGGGCAGGCGCCCGGCGCCACUCCCACCGCCGGCAGUGCCUGCGAGGGCGGGGGCGGCUGUGCGGCGGCGACGCCUGUGACGGGGCCGGUGCUCGCGGCGCUGCUGGAGGCGUACGUCGGAGCCAUCAAUAGCGGCGCGGUGCCGGUCAUUGCGGACGCCUGGGAGGCGACGCUGCGGCGCGAGUGCGACCGUGCAUGCACGGCAGCGGAGGAAGCGUAUGAGGCGGCGUGGGUGGAGGGGCCGGAGCCGCAAGACACGCAAGAGCUGCGGCAGCGGCACGAGGCAUGCCUCGCGGCCGCUCGCAAGGAGUUCGAGGCCAUAGCGGUGGGGCCGGCGUCGCUGAAGCACCAAUUCGAGCAGCAGUGGCGGGCGGUGGUGCAGAGCCGCUACAACGAGCGGCUGGCGGUGUUGCUGGGCCGCCAGGCAGAGGCGGCGCGGCGGCAGGCGGAGGAGGCGCAGCGCGAGGCGGCGCAGGCACGGCGAGAAAUGGAGAAGGCGCAGGAGCGGGCGGCGGCAGCGCUGCGGCAGGCGGAGGCCGCGGCGGCACAGGCAGCAGCGGCGCAGCAGCAGGCAGCGGCAGCGCAGCGCGAGGCGGCGGAGGCUCGUGAACUGGCGGCGGAGGCACGCCAGGCUGUGGCACAGGCGCAGCGACAGGCGGAUGUGGCAAUAGCGGAGGCGGCGAAGUCACGCCAGCAGGCUGAGGCUGAGCGGGAGCGGGCGGAGGCGGUGCGGCGGCAGGCAGAGGAGCUGCGGCGGCGGGAAAUUGACGCGCGGCAAGCCAUGGCAGACGCGGCUAUGCGAGCAGAGGAGGCUCAGCAGCAAUGCGUGGCGUACGAGAAAGCGCGGCGGGCGGAGCAGUUCCGGGCAGAGGAAGCGGCGCGGUGCGCGGAGGCGGAGCGCCAGCAGGCGGCGGCGGCGCAGCGGUGUGCGGAGGAGGCGCGGCAGCAGGCGGCGGCUGAGGCGAAGCAGCGCGAGGAGGCGGCAUGGCGGGCGCGGCAUGCAGAGCAGCAGCGGCAAGCUGCGGAGGCGGAGCGGCAGCUGGCGGAUGAGGCGAGCCGGCAGGCCGCCGCGGAGAAGAAGGGCGCGGAGGCGGAGCGGGACCGGGCGCGUGGCGCUGCCCUCAUCACGGCCAUGGCGGCAGCACUCACGCUGCUGCUGAAGCUGCGUGGAUGAUGGCAUCAUAGUAUAAUAUGUACUGCCGUCGUAUCCACACAUACGAUUUUGCAAGAAGGAACAGGUGGUGUGCAUAUGCUGGGUGAAAUGUGUUGCCUGGGCUCUGCUGGAGUUGUCGAGGCCCUGGUGGUGACGGUGACGUUGCCCAGUAGGUGUUUGAUGGGACAGGGUUUAGGCAGGUUGGCGAGGUCCCGUAGGGUGCAGCUGACGCCCAUACCCCAAGCAGACGGCAAACAAUGUGCAGCGGCAGAGCAGAAGUGCAUGGCUGGUCGAACGCCAGAGUUACUGUACCGACAAGUUUCUGGCUGGCUGGAAGUCUGCUGAUGCGCAAUCCUCACGCUCCGGGCGCCCGGCCAGGCGAUAGCACCACACAGACACGCCGCAACGCCACACUCGCGAUGCAGAGCAGCAGUGCACUUGCAGGAAGAUGACUAGCGUUGCCCAGUAGGGCGGGGAGCUGGGGAGGGUCAAGCAGGUCAAGAAUCUCGCGCGAAGGGUCCCCAGGAUUCACCGGGGGCCGUCACUGGCCUGGCACUGGUCAGGCAGGGCGGCGGAGGGGUGGACCGACGACAGGCCGCUUUGUUGGGAGG